AUGUCAUUUGGGAAGAGCAAAAGGCUGCCAUCGUUGCAGAGCUCUACCGGGAAUCUCAGUGCUAUCACUGGUCGCAGCGGUCGAAGCAGCCGUCCAGCGUCAGCUGGCUCUGCCAGAACAACUGCGAGGAGUGAUGCAGGUGGGGUCAGAGGAGCGCUGCGAGUAACUUCGCGACAGCCACAGAAACUGGAGCUCACGCGUCCACCACCGGUGCAUGUGUGGAACUUCCUGGAGAAGACCAGCUUCAUUCAAUGGAAUGAUCGCUGGUGCACGCAAGUCACAGAGACGGAGUUGGCUGCGCCAGCAUGUUCUCUGCCAGCAUCCCUUGUGGACAUCCUGCAAGCUAUUUGGCGAGACUCAGUCGCUCGUGGCCGGCGCUUUGUUUGCAUUCUGGAAACCUGCCAUGACUGCGAAGAUCACAAGCGGACGACCAAACACAAGGUGGAAAAGUACCAAAGUUUGGCUGGACAGGUGAGCGAGUUGGUGGCCAAGGAGUUUUCAUUCAUGGCCGUGGAACAGCUGCAUUUGAGCCAUCACUACCGGUCAAAGCGGGUGCCGCGGCGACUGGGCGCUUUCGAAGCCUAUGUGGUGGCACCAGAUGGCCCACACAAUGACAAGUCAUGCGUGAUUUCCUUGGUUCACUCCAAGCUCACGACCUUGAAUUGGCCGCACUUGGUGCAGCUCCAGAAGCGAAUUGUGUCUGCUUUGCCAGGUAUUGUAGAGCGUAUUUUGCAGAUUCGCUCGAGGAACAACUGGAGUGUAGCAGAAAGCCAAGCGGUCAUGAAGGAGGCAGAGUUGUGGGGCUUAGCCCGCUGGGAUGCUUUGGAUGGUCUUGCGGACCAAGUCUCUUCUGCGAAUCGUGUGCUAGAAUCUGGGCAGCAAGCAGCACAGCGCCAGGACAAAGAGGCCCUACGAGAGGCCAUUCACGAGUGCCACGAGUUGCAGCUGGCUGAUGAUCUCAUAGGAGGCUGGAUGGACGAUCUCAAGAAGAAGAACAUGGCAUUGUUCAGCAUUAAGAGCCAAGCCAAACGCUUCCAACGCAAUGCUUUCUUUGCCGCUGCCUCGCGUGUCUUGGUGGGCGCCCAAGAGCCGCCACUGCGGAAGGCAAAGCUCCAGGCAGCCAUUGCCAAGGCAGAAAAGGCUGAACUGCCAGAGGAAGACAUUGCUGCAGCAGCUGGGCUGCUGUCUAGCGUAGAGGAUGCCAUUUCAAGGGUGACCACAGCUUUAGAGAGUCGGAACCUCUUGAAGAUGGCAUGCAGCCUGGAUGAUGCAGAAGAGCUUGAUAUCCAGGAGGAUGUUUUGAACGAAGCCCAAGGUUUGCUCAGCGCUUUGGCGCAGCAAAGCAGCCGUGCUGCAGAGCAGCGGGACCUGGUCGAGUUGCAAGCAAUCUUAGGAGCAUGGCAGAUAGAUGAUGAUGGUGAUGAUGCUUCAUCCGGCCGAACUGCCUCAGGUCCUGAAUAUCAGGCAAUACUGAAAGCUGAAAAGGUUCGCGAUAGCUUGAAAAAACAAGUGGAGGAGGCUGAGAGGCGCUUUGAGGGGCAGCGGUGGGAUGCGCUGCAGAAGGCAGUUGAGAGGCUGCAAGAUGCCAAUAUCCAGGAGGAUCUAUGGGAGCGGUGGACAUCUGCACUCAAGCGUGAGAAGCAAUGGAGUGUCCUACAUGCUGUGAGCGGUGCAGCAGUGCAGCUUAAACGGCAGCUCUACACACGGCGCCUGGAGGCAGUGCUACAAGCUGAGCAGGUUUCUCUGACCCAGCUGGAAGAGGCUGCAGAUGCUGCAGAAACUCGCCAGGUCGAUGGGAACUUGGUGGCCAAGGCUCGUGCUGAGGCUGCUGCAGUACGGCAGCGCUGGAAGGACGCCCAGGAUGCCAUGGACAAGAAGCUUGUGGAUAGAGCAGACGUGAUGGUGUGGAAGAUCCAGAAGAGUCGUGUAUGUUUGGAUGAGGUGGUGCGCAGACAGGGGGCUUUGUGGGACCUCAUAGAUGCUAUCCAGGAUGCUGAGGGUUCCAAAGACUGGCAAGCCAUGCGCGAUGCAAUUUCCGGCUGGAAAGAAGAGCGCCCUGGAUGUGAACAUGAGGCGUGUUCAGCCGAGCACUCCGCCACACAACUCUUUCGCGGCGCCGAGCAGCGUGCCAACGAACUCCAGCUGAGGGAGCUGCGGCAGGAGGUCAAUGACAUUCUCAACAGCCUCAAAGACCCCACUGCACAACUUCCUCCAAGUGAAGCAAAGGACGGAACUGCAGCGAUGCGCCCAACUCGUGAGGGAGAUGCUGAAGCUCGGCUGGGAGAUGACCCCAGCACGCAAUGCUCGCCUUUUGCUGGCACUGGGUAA